UACCUACUUUAAAAAAUAUCUCUCAUGCAAUUUUUUCUCUUUAUAUUGUUAAUUUUGGGGAAAUAAAAAUUAACUAAAACUCUAGAAAUACGUGUAAUUGUGGAAGCGGGUAUAUCACCGAGCAUAGCGCGGACACAAACCUUAGUACUAUUAUCUAUAUCUAUACUACUAUAUAAUGGAAACCUUUGGAAUCCUCCAGGAGUUAGUUUUUAUUUGAUUUUACACAAUUAUUUAUUUGAUUUUACACAAUUAUCCUCAUCAUCCUUUAUUUCCUCUCUUUUCUUUCUGUAUUUAGUUACUGUUAACUGGAAAUUUUUUAAGAAAAAAUAGGAGCUGCUUUAUGUUAGGGAAAAUUGAAAUGCGCUUAAUAUGACGUGUAUAAGAGUACUUAAAAAAUAUCCUCGCGCGUAGCACAGACAAAAACUCAUUGAUGCGGCUGCUUCAUUUCGAUCUAAUCAGAUAUGUCUUGUUGCUGCAGAUCCCUUUUGUUUUUGUUGUUUUGCUUUUUUGCCUCUCUGUUUCUUUGUAAUUGCAGAUCCCUUUUGUUGUAUCUUGGCAAUGGGGACAUCAUUUGCUUUCAGAAAAGCUCCGUUCGGGGUGCCGAAAGUUGCAGAUAUUUAACUGUUCCUUCAUUUUUGGAACACAUGCGUGAUCACCAGGAAAUGGAAGCACAAAAUCGUCCAUCCGAGAGAUUUACGUGGAAAAUCAGCAAUUUCAGCAAGUUAACUUCAAGAAAAUACCACUCAGAAGUUUUCACUGUUGCCGGCUUUAAAUGGUGGCCGAUAUUGAUUUUUCCGAAGGGGAACAACGCCGAUUUUAUCUCUAUAUACUUAGAUGUUCCUGAUUCCGCAUCUUUGCCUAUUGGAUGGAGCAGAAUUGUCGAUUUUAGUUUGACAGUGAUCAAUCAAAAUUGCCGGGAUUCCUCGAUUACAAAGAGAACAAGUCACAAGUUCACAAGGCUAGAAGCCAACUGGGGUUUCACAUCGUUUAUGCUCCUUUUUGAGCUUCAUGACCAGACUAGAGGCUUCAGAACACAAGAUACUGUGGUUGUUGAAGCUAAUGUUAUUGUCCACAGCGCUGUCGGUGUCCCUCCAAUUGUUGUUCCUGAUGCGGUUCCUCCUCCAUCUGCUCCUUCACUUGAUGCUUAUUCAGCAAGAGAGAUGGACAGAGAAGGACCAACUUCGGGCACUUGAACUUCUCAUACACUUCCCAAAGCUCCCAGUUCAGAAGAGGUUGAGAAUGCUAAGCAGUUCUUGAAGGAAUGCCUUUUGGACCUUUUCAAGCUGAACAUGAAAGAUAGAAUAGCUCCUGCAUUGUCUACUCUCAGCAUAGCGGAAACUGGGCUAUUGCAUGAACAGUGGAGAUCAAUCUUGGAAUUCCGGGUUGACUUCGAUGAUUUUAUCUUGGAUUGCUUGAUUAUUGAGCCGGAAACUCCUCUUUUCUGCCAUGACGAACAACCGGGAGACCCACCUUUAAAUAAAGAAUUGUCGGAGAAACUCACCGUGGAAGAGGAAGAGCCCAAGAAGAAGCUGGCAGAGACUAGAUCUAGGAAUGCAAAAUUUAUUUCAGAUUGGGAGGCUCUAACAGCAAAGUCAGUGGAAACAAAGUCGAAGUACAUUUCUCAGAGACCGAAGCUACCAGAGGCUGAGGAAUGGAAGAUGAUAUUCGAGGAGAGGAUGUCUCGCUUGACAGCUGCUUUGUCAUCUUUGAAAGCCCAAUUCCUUUGAAUAGGCUGCGCAUUAUAGUGCUGGAACUGGUUUUUUUAAUCAAAACAUCUGUCAAUAGGUAGUAACAUUUCCAAUGUCACCACAGCUUUGAAUAGAUUUUCUAUCUCGGCGAACCUGGAGUUUUCUUAUUCACAUCUCUUGAUUAUAAUAUCGAAUACGUCUUGACUAAUGAAGUU